UCAUCUGCGUCUGCCUAGUUCUUUAUUCAAGCAUCAUUAGUUGCUUUUCACAUUUCCACCAUGGCAGACUAACUUCUCUCUGUCGAAGAUUUUCGCUUAGAUUUCUAGAAGAAAAACGUAUCGAUUUAGUAACAAAUUGGUUGACAAAAGAAAAGUGCUAGAUCUCAAAAUUUGUGAAUAAGAAAGACAUCCCGAAAUGGUAGGUCACAGUGGAGAGGUCCUAGUUCGACAACCACAGCUGUCUCCCCAUCAGGCGAAAUCACCUCAGCAAGAUUUUCCGGUUUUCAUACCGCCAAGGAAACGGCAAACCGGAAAGAAGGCAUUCCUUGGCAAUCAUGUGGAUCACAUAGUUAAUUUACAGGGUAACAAAAAAGACUGGGAUUUAUCGGUGGAACGGGACGACGUACAUAGAACAAAACGAUGGAAUAGCGAGGAGAUAAUCGAGAUCAAUGGAAGCAAAUGUAGCAACCGAGGAGAGCAUUUAGACGAAGACGACGAUCUUAAUGAGCUGCAGCAGUUUCAUCCGUUGAAGGAUAGCUCAACAGUUACACCGAGCAGCAUAUCGGAGAGUAGUCUAGACAGGAAGUCUAGCAAAUCGCAUGAGCUUCUCACCGGAAGUGGAAAGCGCUCGAAGAAGCGUGUUAAUAUAAGAACUGAUGUGGACGAAAUCAGCAGCAGACAGUCGCCGUCUGCGGUUUGUAACUAUGAGGACCUGGAAUCUGGAGAGACGAGUGUUCUCAAUGCUGACAUGGACCAAUACAGCCUGGAUCGAUACAACAGCAGACGUUCAAUGUCGCCGGACAAUUAUUUGACUUUGACAGGAACCAUCAAACGUGGUCGCAAAAAAGGACAAUCGAUGGAUGUGCAGCUGAACAUUUCCCGAGAAGAACUUGAGCAAAUCAAUAAGCAGGCACUGGCGGCUCACGAGGAAGUGUGCCGCACGAAACGAAACUGUUGCUGCCAAUGUACCCUCCGGGCCGGGAUUCACAUUCUUCUGCUGUCCAUCAUCUGUCUACCCAUCGUUACGCUUACCACUAGUAUCUACUCGUUUUACAUCGGAACAGUCACGUGGUACAAUAUGUUCACCUACUUCAACGAGGAAAAGUCUUAUCUGCAUAAGCUGUUCAUGUCACCGCUAUUGAUCCUCGCUUAUCCGCUGGCCAUUGUCCUAUGCACAGUGGGCCUGGGAAUCUACGCGGGGUUUAGGCAGGUCAGCUUACAUUUCACCGCUUGGGUGAACGAAAUCAGCGACAUCGAAAAGGGCUUCUACGGAUGGUUGUGCUCUUUCUUGCAUCUAUCGGACUGUAGUCCGUACGAGGUGGUCAUACUGACGGACAUUUGCCCUCCGGGAGGUACGGGAGUAGAGCCCGAUAGGCCACUACAAAGCGAAUCGACACAAAUAAACUCAUCCACCGAAGAAUUGUCACUAUAAGGGGAAGAUUUGUACGCGUCUCUAAAAUUCCAUAGGUAUACU